CUGCAAUCAUAUAUAUUAAAUAUUUGUUUAUUUAUUUAUAUAAAAUAUAUAAAAACAUAUAUUUUAUUACCUGAAAAUUAUUAUCUGAAAAAAAAAAAAAAACGAGGAGUGUUUCCUUUUAAGAAUUCAACUACUAUCAAAAAGCUAAAUUUUAUUUACUCGGAAGCUGUCAAUAUACCAAAAGUAGAACUGUAAAAGUGACUAUUUUUAUUUUAUUACUCGACAUCAAUGAGUAAAUCAACAAAUCAGAUUGAUCAUCAAUCAGAUUCAGAUCUUUCCUUACAAUUGUCUGAUGCUUCUUCUUUAUCGUCUGAUUCUGAUCUGUAUCAAAUAAAAAAUAAUAAAACUAAAAAGCCAGCCAAAAAAUCUAAAGGCAAGGUGAUAAAAAAGAAAAAAAAGUCCAAGAAAGACGAGUCAAAAUAUUGUAUUUGCCGAAAAGGUUACAAUGGUAAAGAAUUUAUGAUUGAAUGUGAAGACUGCAAAGAAUGGUUUCAUGGUACCUGUGUUGGACUUAAACCCAAUAGUAUUACUGAACAUUAUUUUUGCAAGUCUUGUACGAGUAAACGAAAACAACAACAACAACAUCAUCAUUCUAUAGGUGCUGGAAAGACUUUAAUGCCUCCACCUCCUCGUAAUAAUAAGAAAUCAAUCAUCAUUUUACCUACCUCAAAACCAGCUUCACUAUCAUCCAUGCCUCCAACCUCGACAAUACCAGCACCAUCAAUACCAGCUAUAACUAAACUAUCGAUCAAUGAUGAUAAUGAUGAAGAGUUAGAUGAUAUUUGUGUAUUGUGUGAAGGAGACUGUACUUGUGGUGCAAUAGAAAACUCCACAUCCUCUUCUUCUAUUGUAGAUCUGAAGCCAUUACCACCGCCUUCAACUUCUGUGGUAUCUCAACCAUUACCACAAUCAGAGCCAUCAAAAAUACAAACUAAAAUCAUCAUUCCAAUACCAAAAAAAUCAAAUAAAGGAAUAGGCAGUAAAAAGUCUAAAAAAUCAAAUCUGUGGGCAGUAAAAGUGAAUGCAACAAAAAAUAAUUUUGAUGAUGGUAGUAGUAGUGAAGAUGAUAGCGAUGAUAGUGAACUAUCGAAUCAUGUAGUAGAAAGAAUAGGUAUUGAUAUUAAAAAGCCAAGGACGAAAUCAGGCAAGAAGAAGAAUCCAGCACCGCGAAAAGGGAAAAGUACUACUUUGUUAACAAAUAUCAUUCGACAAAAGGCGCCUCCUUCUUCUAUGGCCUCUAAAGGAGGUAAAAGGGUACAUAUGGGAAAAGGCAAGAGGAUACAUACCAUAAAAUAUUCUUCAAGCGAGGAAGAAGACUCGGAGGAAGAAUUAGUUGUAGAUGAUCUAGAUGACUUGUUAGAAACCAUGUCACCCUUAUCUGAGCAUCACUCACAAAGUUCAAAUCUAGAAAGUGAAGAGUUUUUUACAGAUGAAGAAGAAGUAUCAUCAAGUGAUAUCGAUAACAAUAUCCAUGCAAAUUCAUCAUUGACAAUGUCUCCUUAUUCAGAUAGUCGCACAUCAUACUCUUCUAGUGUACAUAUCGACUCUGGUGAUGACGAGGAUAUUGAAAAUGAAGAGACACAGCAAAUUAUCAAUGAAAUGACUAUAAAUAGUGAUGAAGAAUCAAAUGAUAGUUUGGAUGAAGGUGGAUUAUUUGUUGAAGAUGACUAUGAUGACUAUGAUGAUGAUGAUGACGAUGACAGCGACAACGAUGGCAAUGAAUAUGAGUAUGACAAUUUUAAUAAAAACAACAAUGAUGAAGAAGAGGAGAUGAUGGGUUAUUAUGGACAUUGGUCAUCUGAAGAUGAUGACGAUGAAGAAGAAGAAGAAGAAGAAGAGUUUGAUUAUACAACUGUUAUGCAUAGUGGAGAAGAGAGUGACGGAGAUAAGGCAAACUCUCUUUUACCAUUGAUAGACAGUGAAGGCAAUAUCUAUAAUCAGAUCAGUACUGCAUUUAUGCAAACCUUAACUUCAACAUCUGAUAUACCUACUACAGGAACCAAUACACCUGUUUUAGGAGAGGAUUACUCGAUAUCGGCGUUUGAAUUAGCAAAUGCAUUAACUGCAUUAUCAGCAAGACAACGGAACGAUGAUUUCUUACGAAGACCGUCUUUACCAAGUAGUACUGUUUCUGCAGCGCGGCGAAUGAGAGGAUCUCAAGAUUUCUCUACAUCAGAGGCUUUAAGAGCGCUUUCCGCACUUGUAUCUGAUGAUUUACCUCUUGCACUUGAACCUAUAGAUGAGACAGAGGAUAUAUCUACUAGUAGUAAUAGCAACACUCUAGAUGGAAAGAGAAAAGACUUAUCCAUAGAUACAUCAUCUAGUGGCGUUGUAAGAAUGCCUGGGUCGACAGUAACAACGCCAGGGGCAUUAGGAGACCCACUCUCAUCACCUUUAACAACGCCUAUUACUAAAGAACAACCCACUUUAUCAACUGCACAAUUAGCCCUUUCACUUUCUGCUGAUCCUGGACUUCAGGGACAGCUUUUAAGUAUCCUCAAAAAUGAAGCAGAGAAACCUACAAUGUUAGAAGAAGAAGAAGGAAAAGAAGAAGAAGAAGAAAAGGUACAUCCUACGUCUAAUACCAUAUCUACUAAAAAACCAUCUACCACUACUACCACUACUACUACCACUACUACUACUACUACUAUUUAUUCUAAUUCAUCCCGACAAAUAUUACCAAAACCCUCUGGCAGUGGACAUGGUUCAUAUUUGACUACUCCUUCUACUUUGGAAGGACAAAUACAAGAAGCUCUUAACCAGAGUGUUGAAGCACAUAAUAACAAAAGAAAGGCUACACUAGGAGAAGAGAUAUUAGAAAACGAUAAAAAACGAAAAACUUCAAGAUCUAAUUCUUUAAGUGCCAUUGUUGCUAAUCCUUUACAACCUAUGGGAUCUACUUCAUUUUCAACUCCUACUUCACCUGCUGCCAUUAUUGAUGAAUUAGAAGACAUGAAUUUAAAAGUUAAUAAUGAAGUAAAUGGAGAAGAAGAAGAAGAGGAGGCCACAGCAGUGACAAUGGAUGACUUAGUUGAUACGUCACAAUUAUAUUCAAGAUCCUUAUCAAGAUCACCAUCACCUGAAAUAGAAGACAAUCCAUAUUCUAAAGAUUUAAGUCGUUGGCAACGUAUUCCCAUUGGAGCAUUUCGUUUAAUGAGAUCCAAAAAUAAAUUAUGGCUUGAACGUUAAUAGAUGUAUAUUUUUAUUAUUAUAAUUAUUAUUAAUAAAGUUUCCUUCCCUCACCCCUUUUUUUUGGUAUAUACUACUGUUGAAAGCAUAGUUCUAU